AUGGUGCUGGAUGAAGGAGAAAUAUCGCAAAAUUUUGGUUUGGUUCGCCUUGUUGGUGGAGAAUCUCUCGUAUCUCAACGAACAUUGUUCAGUAGUGAUUCAAAGUGAGUAGUUAUUUUAGUUCUUUUUUUGCCAAAACGGCGGUAAACAUCAUUGUUCUCUGUUGAAUCGAAUAGAGGGAUAACUUGUUUGCAUGUGCAUUUGCAGGAUUUUGUUUUGUUGUUGUGAUCGAAGAAUUCGCGUCUACAGCACUACAACUGGAGAUUUAGUACGGGAACUCAGAGGACACGUUGGCAAAGUUGCAGAUUUUAAAAUAAACCCUAAAAAUCAUCUUCAGGUAUGGGGAAACAAUCGAUAAGAGAUUGUUGUAGCUAACAACUAAUAAACAAUAAUUGUUACUGGAUGAGGGCAUGAACUGUUCACAUUUUGCUACAUAUAUAUUUUUUUGGUCUGAAGUGGCUUCAGUUGAUAUCCCAGGCCCAGGGGGUGGGGGGUACUUCGUUAUAAGAGGCUAAUGGGGAUGUGCCGCUGGAUGGGGUCGCAUUUUCACGACUGGUUUGACUCUAAUGGGGUCGCAUUUUCAACAGUGUUACUAGAAUGGGGUCACACAUUUCAGAUUUUUUGGGGUAAGACAGUUCUUCAUAUUUACGGUUAGCAAAUGUACCAAAAUGUUUGUAUUGCCAAUGAAAAGUUUAGUGUUCUUCAUUCAAUCUAAAAAAUGGGUCAGUUCAUAAAAAUAGAUGGUGACUAAGUUGGGAUCGCAAAAAUUACACAUUUACCCAAAACUGACUAAGGUGGGGUCUAUAAUUGGCCACUGAAUAAACUAUAAUGGGGUAGGGGCUCUGAGAGGCAAGCAGCACAUACCCAGCAAAAAUUUACCCAAGUAACCCCCCACCCCCACCCCCCGGGAUCCCAGGAGGGGUGCUGUGGAUUUCAAGUGACAGGGAUGAUUGAAUGGGGGAAAAAAAUCAAAGCCCAAAAAAUCCCUAGAGCUUCAAACAAAACCCAAAAAAUCCCUGGACCAAAAUUUAACCCCCAAAAACUCCCAUGCCGAUUUUCCCAGUCAUAAAAAUUCCCAGAAAGCAUUAAAUGAUAUAACCAUCAUGAAUAUUUAGAUUGUUUUGAAUACCCCCAAAACUCUCUUGUUAAAUGAAGCUGCCCAAAAAAUACUUCCCGAAAUUUUCCUACCCAAACAAAUCCCAAAACUGAAAAUUUCAAACCCAAAGACAUCCUUCGAUCAUCCCUGUCACUUCAAAUCUGGAGUACCCCCUCAGGGACUACAACAACCAUGCUAAUCAAAUACCCAAUCAACAAGGUGUGAAACAAUGAUUUUUUUUUCUUUCAAUAAGUCAAAAAGCAUGCAGUGGUAAACAACAUUCAUCUAUUGCAUUUUUUUUAUUUUCAGCUAGUUUCAUGUUCAUCAGAGGGAGAAGUUAUUUAUUGGGAUUACACAGAUGGACGCAUACUGAAGGUACAAAUGAGAAAAAUCUUAAAAGCCUUGCAUAAUGUGUAAAAUCUUCCAUUAUUUUCUCGAGCUCUGCACUUCCAGACGGCUAAUGAGUCACUGCUUUUUUGUAUAACAUUUGUAUUUCUGUGCCUCCCUUUUUCAAUUGAGAGAAAAAAUGGUAGCUAGAGUGUAGUUUAAUAUUACCUGUAUAUUGAAUAAUGUAUUAUAAUGAACUUCAACGAGAAAGUCUAACUUCAGGUAAGAUAUUCUUUGAAAUUAAUUUUUUGGUCUUCAGAAUGAGGUAGUAAACUGAUUUUUAGUUUUAAUAACAGUCAAGCCAGGUCAAGCGUAGCGCCCAAAAUUCCAGUGAAUUUAUUGUGAAAGGUUUGAACCCAGGAGUCAUUUCAUAAUGAGGUCGCGUAUGAUCGUCCGGGUGGACAGACAGGAAGCAGUAUGCAAGAUGAAAUGCUGCGACUGCUAGGCUACUUACAUUUGUAAAACCUUAGCAUGCGACUGACCGAACACAAACGAACAACAAGAAAUGGUGAUGUCAUCAAUCACAUUGCUGAGCACCAUUUACAGAUGAAACAUCAAAUCGACUGCAACUCUGCAAAAUAUAUUACGUAUUCUACAGACUACUAUCAGUGACUCACUUUAGAAAGCUGGUUUACUAACUUAGAACAAACGCCACUGACUGGUAGUCAACAGUUGCCAGCACUGUACAGAUGACUUAUUGACAGAAUCAAGCAAAACUACAGUAACUACGAGAGAACUACUGGUCAACUGACAAUUUGACUAACAAUAAAUGACCGUUUAACUGAGACAAUAGACGGAUCGAAAUGCACCAAUGACAUUACGAGUCUUCAUAUCCAAUAACAUCACAGCUUAAAUGACAGAUAACCAAUAACAUCAAGACUUAAUUGACCAAUCAGGUUGAUAACCAGAGUUUAAUAACAUCAAUUGGCGUGAUACAACUCACUUCGACUCUGAAGAUGACUAUUGCAGAGGUUGUUGAAACGUCAGUCACUGUCAAUGACAACAGUGCUAUUCAGGACUACGUUCACCUGGACAAUCAUACUUAACCUAGGUAUGGAAUGAAUUUAUCAUUUGAAAGUUGAAUCUUUUAUUGUUGCUGCAAUCAGUAUCAAAUUCAUAAUAAGCAGUGAAAUUUUUCCAAUAACUUCUCCGCAUUUGGUCAGAUUGAACUAUCUUAGAAUGGACAUAUUAUUUUGCUUUGAAGACAUUACAUAAAACUCAACAAAACUGUACUGGUAAAAAUUUUGUAACUACAUGCGCAUACCUCACUUGUGAAUUUAUGCUCAUAACACUUGCAGGAAUGCAGAGACAACUACCAAUGGAUUCAAUUUUCGAAUAAUUAAGUCAAUAAUGGAAUCUUGGAGGGUACCCUUGAUCUUGCUUCAUUGUAAAUUAGUCACCAUUUUUUGGAUUAGGCCAAGAAUUUGCUUUGACUGGUGCAAGGCAAACACCAGUUGGCUGUUCACAAGCAUGUUGCAUCAAAAUUAAUACAGCUACAUGUAGCAGUGUGGGCAGCAAUCCAAUGGUCAAAAGUGUGGCUUAAAUCUUUUCUUUUUAUGUUCAUAGAGGUACAAGUUUUCUGGUUUUACUUUGGGUGGUUUGUUUCUUCAUCCUGCACACAAUGAAAGUGUCUUUUUAAUUAUCAUAAAGAAGGAUCCUACAAAAGGUAAGUUUAUUGUUAAACUAAAAGGCACUGGUUACCAGCAAAAGGGUUAACCCUUUAAGCACCAAUAGUGACCAAGAUCAAUUUUCUCCUUACAAUAUCCAUACAUUGUUAAGAGAUAAGGUUAUGAGAAUUAAUAAAAUGAUCACCAAAGAGAAAAUGCCUUGAUCUUUUAUUAAAUUCUCUCAACUUAUUCUUAAAGGAAAUGUAUGGAUAUCAGUGUGGAGAAUUUGUAUUUUGAUAUUGGGACUUAAAGGGUUAAAUCUAAAUACUAUAUGAUUCUCUACUGUAAAACUGUAUAAAGAUGACAGCAUGGGCACCAGUUUAUUUGGAAGUACUAAACUAAAAAGAAAUUCAAUAAAAAAAAUUUUUUGGCUCUCUGUUAAUGUUACUUUGAUAUAUUUUUCUCAAAUAUGUAACUCUGCAGGAGUGUUGUGUGAAUGGAUAAUGCCACUAGAUAAUGACUUUAGCAUAGAAGUGACCUAAAACAGCAGUGCCCUCGUGAGAGCCCCUUUAUGAAAAUUUAAUCUUAAAAUCUGAAAGGUGUGAUUUUACAUUGGUACUCAGUGUUCAUCAACUCAAAGAGGACCCUUGUUUUUUAAAGGCAUUAACCCUAUUUAUUUGAUGAAAUCUCUCAUUUGAUUUUAUUUUUCAAAUCCAAAGAUAAAAGACCAACAACUAAAGAAGAGAAGAAAGAACAGAAGAGAAAGUUAAAAAACCCUGACCCUGAAGAAUGCAGCGUGGGUGUCUUUGAUCCUAGAAGUUGUAAAAAAGCUGCACAUGCAAAACUGAGUAUUUUUCUUGAAACAUCAGGGAACUCAAAACAGACUACAAUAAAUGGCGAAGUAAGUUUUGUAGACCUGUUUUUGUGGCUUCCACUUUUAAUAAGGUCUAAUUUUCUCAUCUGACAUAAUCACACAACAGGCAGUGUGCAAAAAAAAUCAUUUUUACAGCUUGCCAUUUGGGCAGGCUGAAGCUAGCAUUUACUAGCCCAGACAUCAUUUCAACUAGCCCCAAAAGCUUUUUGAUGAGUAGAAUUGAUUUCACAGUUCUUGUUAUUUGAAUUCCAGCAAAAUCCACUAGCCCCAGGCUAUCGGGCACUACUUUCUUUGCACGCUGACAGGGUUCGUACAGGUCAUGGAAAACCUGGAAAGUCAUGGAAUUUAAGAAUUUUAUUUUCCAGGCCUGGAAAGUCAUAGAAUUUAAUUGUUGGUCCUGGAAAGUCAUGGAUAAUUUAAGUUAUGUUUAAAAGAUUAGUUUCUGCAGAUGUCAAAGUAAGGACUAUGUAAGAAAGCAGAAGAUAGAGACAAGUAAUUAAACAGCAAACAAAACGCAUUUAGGUGGAUAAUGGUAUUUUUUGUGUCUGUUGAACAGAGUUAAAAAAACAUGAAACAAGGAUAGUUUUGAAAAUUCAAACAUGACAGCUAUAAAGCGUAGGGUAAUGGAGAGCUUGAAACAGUCAUAGAAAAGUCAUUAAAAGUCAUUUAAAUUUAUUUGUUUAAUUAAUUUUUUACACAGGGAAACUUACUUGCAUCUGCCCUUGGUAGAUCAUUGCACUUGUGGAGUUUCACUUCUGAAAGAUUAAAUUCGUAAGUUUUUCAUUGUGUGCAGUUUAAGAGUAGCAAACUUUCUGAGUUUCGUUUUUCAUUUACUGAUCAAUGUGUCAAGAUGAAAUCGAUCAGGAACUUGAGUAAUUUUAAUUUUCAGUGGCCAAACCCCUUGUACCAGAAUAAUAAUUUAAACCGUAUUGGAUUCUUUUUUUUACAGUUUUUCAAGGGCUAUAGAUGUAAUUAGUUACCCGUUACAACACCAAAGACAUUUCUUAUGGCAGCCAAGAAAAUGAAUUUAAGAUUUCACAGGAAUUGUGAAAACACAGGUAAAAUUUCAUGUGUGCAUGUAAGGCUUCAUUUUGUUAAAUUAUAUGAAAUUUAUUUCCUCUGGCUCCCAUCAGAAUGAAAUUUAUUUUCUCUGGCUCCCAUCAGAAAUUUUCUUUCAAUUUUAUUGAUGUUAUUACAAUAAUAACCAAUUACUUCUAUAGCCCUUGAAAACUGUAAAAAACAGUGUAAUCAAUUUUGCUUUAUAUUAUUCUGGUACAAGGCUGAAAAUUAAUAUUACUCAAUUUUCUUUUGUUAUGUGUAACUUGCAUGUUUGCUAUUUUCUUACUUUUUAGCUUUACAUACAAGUUUGCUCGAUUUACUUGUGCAUCAUUUCACCCUUCAGAAGCAUGUGUAGCUGCCGGGGAAGGAAUAGGAAAGAUUAUUUUAUGGUGAGAGUUUCGUACUUGUUGUAGAUGUGGUAUUUAUAGUAGUGAUAGUGGAGCUCCAUGUGUGCUCUUCGCAUGCACGAGCAGAGCAUUGAUAGAAUUUUUCAAUUAUUUUCUCUCAGUUUUUAUUGGCAUUACACUGGGUAGCUAAAAUGCAGGGGUGUAUUAGCGUGGUUUUGAAAGCCACAUGCACCUUCAGGUUACCCAAUAGCUAUAGUGCAGGGAUUCAUGUGUAAGUAGGGGUCAAGAGUUUAUGACUGAAUGCUAAUUAAAAGCUUCCACAAAAUUUCAAGUAAAUUUUUGUUCCACCUCAAUACACUAUUUAAAGGUCCAAAAUUAAAAGCUCUUGUAAUGAAACAGCUUUUACAUGUAGACGUGGGUUUGUCUUAAGUAGACUACUGCUUAAACACUAUGGUGAUUGUAUGAAAAUCUAUUUAAUACCACGACAGUAUUAGCUCAGUCGGUAGAGUGCUUGACUGCGGAGCAGGAGGUCACAGGUUCAAUUCCAGGGACCUGACCCAUACUCAGGGUCUUAAAAUAACUGAGAAAUGAAGGUACUUCCUUUGCCUUGCAAAUGGCUAGACCUUCGUGUAGCUUGGAUGACCACGUAAAAUGGUGGUCUUGUCUCCAGUAGGAGACGUCAAUAUAGUGUCCCCAAUUAGAACUUUCAUGCUAAAUACGUUGACACUUUAAGUAAAGUGCAAUUUUUUCAAUACCAGGCAAGGUCUGGAUCAGUUGGAGUCACCAGCCACUAUGGUUUUACACUGGCAUCCACAUCCUGUGAGUGAUGUGGUUUUCACAAAUGAUGGUAUGCUAUUUUUAACACUUUUAUGUGCACUGAUCGUAGGACUUUCUGGCCACUAUUUAAUAAUUAACAAUUAAUGAAUGAGGAAGAGUAUCUUUAUAUGAAGAAUUAUGGAGAUCAAGGAGGGUGUUAUUACUCUUGAAACAAGUGAAAUGACCACUGUUUUUGUUUCCACAACCAAAACAACUCAACCUCGUCCCCAGGUCUUCUCGGUUAACGGUGCCUUAACCUGGACGAACGCUGCAUUUUCGACGUCUUUUCCUCGUUAAACACAAAAUUCUUCCAAAUUUGGUCAUCAGUAACUGGUUUUGGUGAAUUAAACGUGUGCUUUUAGCCAAUCAGAAUCGGGGAACUAUUUUGAAUGAAUAAUAAUAGCAUUUAAAUGGUUAACCACAUUCCCUGGAAGCAUGAUAUACAUCAUUGUAGAUAGUGUUGUGAGACAACACAUUCACAGAUUCCAUUUUCCUACUAGCAGGAGUAAUAUAAAAAAAAUUCCAUUUCACUCAGCAUAGCCCGGUUCUUUUGCAAGUGGCUUUUGCUAGCUCUGAAAGGGACAAGUUCACCAAAGAGAAUGAUCCACCCUCAGAUCUGCAUAGCUGAGAUUGAAAUCUAAGUUUGUUGCUUGCUACAUGUACAUGUAGGAAUACUUUUUAGUAGAUCUAGAUUUAGAUUUGUAUGUAGGAUUGCUGCCAUGGAUUAGUGUUCCUCUUCACUGUACAUUAUUAAUCUUGCAGAAAUCUCAUUACUCUGGUAGUUUAUCUCUUAUUUAGUUUUCCCAUUUGAGCAACUCCUAAUCUUGGGAAUCCUGUAGUACUUGGUUCUCCUGUGGUUUUCAGGGAUGACCUUUCUUUGUUCAUGUGCAUUUUUGGCGCCAUUUUGAAUUAUGUGCAUGCGCAUAUCCCUCUUGAUUACGUCAACAACCAACAACCAGAUGAUGAAACUGAUGUCGAAAGCACAGAGGUAUUUGAGUUCAGUGAGGGAAUGAAAUUUGGAGUUGUUUUCAAAGCAGGUUUUAUCACUAGGGAUGCAGUUUUGUCCUAUGGUACUUUUCUUAUUGUUACAACACUGUUAGGUCAAGUACACAUGUCAUUUUUUCGUUUUUAAAGGUUCUAACCUGCUUUCUGUUGGAGAGGAGGGGGUGUUAGUUCGCUGGCAAUGGAAAACACAUGAGCAACAGUUUCUUCCCCGAUUAGGUGCUCCAAUUCAUCACGUCGCAGUUAGUCCAGAUGAUUCAUUGACUGCUAUCAGUCAAAAAGAUAACAGUAAGUUCUUAUUAACUAUUGUUUUUACUUUUAAGUGUAUCUGCCAGUUAUGGCUGGAUAUGUUACCUUUCUAGAAAAUACAUGUAGGCCAUUUAGAUGACCAUUUAAUAUUUAAAAAUGGCCAAGAUUUAAAUUGAUGGACAGCCCUUUGCAUCUCAUGGCCGCCGAGAUGCUCAUUAAGAGUCUGCAGACACUUUUUCAUUUCUCAGAAAUAAUAAUGUAAAACUCAUUAGACCCAAAUUUAAAUACCAGUCUUUGGUGAGAUGAUUGUCUUAGUAAAUUUCCAUACUGCCCUCAGGUCAUUUUUUUCUGAUGGAAAUGAAACAUUAAUACAUAGUCCUCCUACUCAGAAAGCAGCCCUAACAAUUGAGUAAACUAAUAUUCUACCAUAUUUAUGUCUUAAAUUCCAGUUAUCAGAGUAAUUUGUAACACAGAGAACAAGGUAAAGCGCACUAUCCAGGGUUUAAGACAAAGUAAGUGGAGAUGUACUGUAAAAAGUCAUAAUGCAGUAAAUAAACAUGUAAAAAGUGACGAGGGAAUGAUCCAACGUUUCGGCGACAUCAUGACAUCGUUAUCAAGGAAUAGAAAAAUAAAAAUGCAUCAUGAUGUCACCGAAAUGUCGAAACAUUAUCUCCUUACUUUUUACAAGCAUAUGUUUCUCAAAAUCACCAUUAGAAUACAGUUAAUGCUCAAAUUAUUGUCCCACUUCAAAUCAGUGUACCCCCUUGAAUUAGCACUCCCUUGAGGCUGAAUAUAUCAAAUAAGCAUCCCCCUUUGAAUAAGAGCACCCCCCCUCACUUAACACCCUGCCCCUCUUUUCUGCAUAAAUUAUACAGUAAACAGUAUGUUUAUGUUCAAUAAAAAUAAAUGUAGUGAUCUCCCAAUCUCAGCCUGCUCUGGAAACUCCUUGGUGACUUAAAAAGUCCUUGAAUACUCUUUGAAUUGUUAUAACCCAACACAGACAUUAGUUUUUUGUACUUAUAUGUACAACAUUAAUUUUUUUGUUGGUAAUGUUUGAAGAUAAUACACAUGGUAAUGAUUUUUUUCCUUGGUAGUUGACAAUCUUCACAUGGGUAUUGUGUUUGAUCCUCGGUCGAAAGCUUUGGUGACAGGAAACAUGCCUGGCAUUUUACAGUUUUACAUGCCCACAACUGACCACCAUGCUCUCUCUGUAAGUUUACUCGAGUUUUUACAGUUUUAGUGUUUUCAUAAAGCUUACUACAAAGUAAAUUAUAGUAAAACUUCCAUUUAAAUUUAAUGUCAUUUCUCUGGUUACCAAUGUGGUGCUACCCAGUGGUCCCUGUCAUUUACAAGGGGAAAUUAUCAAAUUGACAAGAAUUUUCCAUGGUCUGUACUGUUAUUGACCACAGAAAUGAUGUCAGAGUGUUUAAAACUCAAGUGGAACCAUUAGCUGCAGAAGUGUGUUUUCACUGCAAAGUUUUAAUGUCAGUUUUGUGGUUGAUAAGAGUAUCGACCAUGGAAAAAUGUUGAUUUUUUUUUAAUAACAUUGACAGGUCUUUACGUCCAUUUCCAGCAAAGUUUCUCAGUCAUUCUUGCAGGAGAAAAAAAAAAAAAAAAAAUUAUGCCAUCACCAAAUCAUUUCCAUAAUCUGUAUAAUUCUUAUUGACCAUAACUCUUGACCAAUCAGUAGGGAGAAAUCACUCGAUCAGUUAUUGUAAAGACGUAGAUUUCUGGCUGCUGGUUUUCUUUUGCCGCCAUCACUGUCCUUGCAUCCUAUGGUCUCUAUUGAUGACUGAUGGACAAAACAACUCAUUGAUUGAUUGUGUGGCUCUCUUUUCCCUUUCCAGCUUGAUGUUGUACAGCAGAACUAUGUGCCAGGCAAGCAAGGCAAAAGAGGUGCUCUGGUCUAUACCAAAAUUGAUCAUGUUGCAUUUAAUGAUGAUGGACAGUGGUUGGCAACUGUGAGUGUGUGAGCUUAUAAAAUAAUGAUAUUAUUGGAUUAGGUUUUUGUGAUAUCAAGAAUGAUCAAGGCCUCAAACAGCCACCUGCUUUAGCAGAAAAUUUUAUCUUUUUUGUUUUGGCUUUUUUUUUUCUUUCUAAUCAGGGAUGUAGUUUUAAUUAAAUUUAUAACAGAUGGGAAAUGGCAUUUGAUGGGUGGGUAAUAUGAGAAGAAUGCAAUGUUUUUCAGCUGCAAAAAUCUCGUUGACAGCCAGGUAUUUUUCCUGGCUCCUGGUUAUUAUCUACAUAUCUGCAUCCCUGUUGCUUGUUUCUUUCUUUCUCUUUUUUUUGCCAUACAAUGUAGAAAACAUCAUUUUAAUGAUUACUGGAAAAAACUGCUAAUCUCUUUGGGCUAAAAAUGUUUCUGAUAAUUCUUUAACCAGGUUGAGAGAAGAGAUGAUCACAAGACAGCUAGGGAACUGAGGCUUAAGUUCUGGGAAUACAAUAAACAUGGUCAAAAGUAAGCUGAGUCUGACCUACAAGACUCGCGUUCAGAGCAUGUGUUGAAUAUUUAUCUAAUUAUAUUAUCUGUUAGUAGUAUGUACCUGUGUUGUUAGUAGUAUGUACCAGUAUUGUCACUAUGGUCCCCAAACAUGUAAACACCAUGUUGAUAAGUGUGCAAGUGUAUAGCCUGCAUAGCAAGCAUUUCUGUGCGGUUUCGAGCAAAGAAUGAGGAACGAGAGUCAAAGACUGUGCGAAAAAUGGGGCGGGUAAAAGAGCGGGGAAGGGGUGGAAGAGUCCUUCCUCCCCCCCCCCUUUUUUUUUGGCUCUCAUUCUAUUUUUCACGCGGCCAAAACCGAAAAUCCGGUUCCUCAUCGUUCCUUGGUCGUUCUUUGCUCAGAACCCACACGGAAAUGCUUGCUACAUAGGCUAGCAAGUGUAUUUACUAGUGUAUUGAUCCAAAGUGUAAAUAGUGACAAAAACAAUGGGCAUAAACGACCAUUAAAGCUGCCUUUCUACUUCAAAACACCCUUUGACAAAUUACUUCAAAAAUGCCCAUCUCUCCAAAGUGGCGCUCCUGAGUUUAAGUCAAGAAGUAGUAAUUCUUUAUCGUGAACGUACUCAAAAGAAUAGCAGAGGAAAAAAGACGGCAAACCUUGAGUGACAAUUUUGACAAUAAUUCUGUUUAACACAAUUUUCCGCCGAAUUCACCUUCCUUUAAGAAGAUCUUUCUGUAAAAGACCAGAACACAGUUAUGCUAAGUGAAAUGACGACAAAACACGCAAGUAAUAGCCCUGGUACACACAAAAACACCACCAUCCUGUUGCGUAAGCUCAAAACUAGACUACAAGCAGUCUCUAGAGCUUUUUUCUUUGUCCGUCGAUUUUAACGCCAGAAAAAGAGAGAGCUCGCAGUCUAGCUUACAACUGAAGACAGGCACAGUUCUCAGCACUGAAAGGAUACAUGUACAUUAUGGGUGAAAAACAAACAGGCCAUUUUCUAGUUCAAAAACUGUCAUUUAUCAUUUCCAUUUCAAUGGCUUCACACCUAGUCCCACUUUGAAACAGAGGCUUGUAGCAACUCGGAAAUGGCCCAUUGGUUUUCAUGUCUUCCUUUCCUGAAUUUUCGAUUAUCCACAUACAAAUUCUCCAAACUGAUCUCUAUAUAUUUCCUUAAAGAAUAAGUUGAGAGAAUUUGAUAAAAGAUCAAAGUAUUUUUUCGUCGGCGAUCAUUCUAUCAAUUCUCACACCUUUCCCCCUGAUUGUCUUUUGACAUUGUUAAGAGAAAAUUGAUGUAGGUCACCAUGGGGACUUAAACAGUUAAUUGAAGCCACAUGCACUCCUUGAGUGCCUAUUUUAUGUUUUUUGAUCCUGAUGUUGUCCUUGUUCUUCAUGCUUUCAGUUAUGAAGUCAACACUUGUGUCGACCCACCACACGAACAGAAAAUUGUAGCUUUGCAGUUCCAGCCACAGAAGAGAAAAGACCCUGAUGUAACUCAACUAGCAGUGACAGCUGGUGCGGAUGGGAAAUUUAAAAUCUGGGUCCUUGGUGAAGAAAGACUUGGAAGAAGUAAGAAUAAAGAAAAAAAUUAUAACGACGGGUACCAAGGGAAACAGGUCUAAACUAUUGUUUUGUUUUUAGCCUCGAUGUUUCCCAAGGUUCUGUUAUUGAGAUUUGAGGUAAUUGCGGGUGACGAGAGGAGCCCGCAAUCCUAAUCUUCAGGUUGUUAUUACGCAUGCGUCACGUGUGUGUAGCCAGCAUUUGUUUUGACUUCCACAAAGAAUGAAUGCAAUGCACACAACGCAAUCUGAUGACGCGAGUUUGGAUCUUCUAUCACACGUAAUCUGAUCACGCGUGUUUUGACCAUCUGUCACGUGAAACUUCCGCAAAGCACAACGUUGGAGCAAAAGCGUAUUGCUUAUUUCUUUAUGGAACUGGUGAUUUGUAAUAGUGUAGCAAAAAAAAGAUGAUCGAUACCAAGUAGCAGUCAACAUUGAAUAAUUUGUAAAAUAGAAUUGAUCUCAUAGAUUUUGAAAUGUUGCCUGCUCAGAGAUGAAUUACAAAUGAAGCCUUGGCCUUUAUUAUUGCUGUUCUUUAGGCAAUAGACAUUCUUGGUCCUGUCAAUCAGUUGGUUUCUAUGACAACACACCAUGUCAAGAUGCAGCGUUCUCUCAAGAUGGCUCACUUCUUGCCGUGGCUUACUCUCAGGUCUGUAACGUACUACAUAACGCACGUUAUACAGAAUUCUCUCUUAAAUGGCCUGUUUAAUAAUGUUUUUUAAAGUGUUGUGGGUAAAAUCUGAUCUCUGGUUGAACUUUCCUGCGACGAAACCUUCCAUUUUGUGGCAAGCCAGUGGAGAAUGGGCGAUCCACGAGGGGUAAACGCUCUCGCUUCUCCUUUUGCGUGUUGCACGCGCGUGACUUCUCACGAUAUAUCCCACAUGGACAGCUUUUCGCAGGUGAAGGUUAAACCGGAAUUAAAACCAGUUUAAUUCAGAACUUUCUUUGUUUUCUAGACCUAAUAAUUCAUACAAGGAAAAGGAAAUUCUGCUUUAACCUUAGAACGGAAUUCACCCGCAAUAAAAGUUUCAAUUAUUGACCCCCUUCUUAUAGAUUGCACCAGUAUUAAUUUAAAUACACCUAUUAUACAUCUCAAGGCUCGCAUUCAGACUUUCAUAUCUUGUCCUCAGUGCAGCAGCCUUGUAAACCUCGUACGUAGGCCACCGUUAAAGACGUUUACCCUCGGAAAGUGUAUUAAAGGUAAAGUUCUUCCUUUUUGUUGUAAUAUUGCAGACAAUCACAUUAUGGACGCCUGAAACAAAUGAAAUGAGAAAAACCCUGGCUUUACCUUAUCCGGAAGAAGAGAUCAAGUAAGACUCGAUAAUUUUAUCACAUAACUGAAGUUACGAUAGGUGUACUCUGACGUAUUCAUUCUGUGAAACCAACUCAUCAUCCAAGUAUAGUGUGCAUUCUUAUUGCCAAACUUGAGUUAAAACUAAUGGCAUAAACUGCACUGCACUGCGGUGCUCUUGAAGAAAAUCAUUCGGCUAAGAAAGGUCAAAUAUAUGUGGAGUGGAAACAAUCAUCAAUAUUUUUCUGUGCUUUAUCAUUCUCGUCCCCAGAGCCUCCUGUUCCCUUAGCCGGCGAGGCCUGAGCACGAGCACAGGUCCUUCUGCUCAGGCCUUGCCGGUUAAGGAAACAGGAGACGCUGGGAACGAGAAUGGAGCUUUAUUGGCUUGGACUUAUGACUGUGAUGUUGGCCCAUUGUACUGGGUCUAGUUAACUUUCGCAAAGACUUCUGGGACUGUUAUUAGGGACAAGGAAAAAAUUGGCCAAUAGCUGACCGGCGCGUCCCCAGUAACGAUCCCAGAAUGAAUUGCGGGACACAUUUAGGCUUCAGUCCCCUCUUCGUUUCUAAAGUGGCGACCAUGUUGCACUCACAGGUGGUAAGGAGCUAAAAUGAUGUGGUUUUUCGGUGUGGCCCUAUCGAAGCUCACAGCAGUGUUUUGUACCGUUGUGAGUCAAACAGGUGCCUAGAAAAAUAUUUUCCAUCAGGUCGCUAAUUUGGUCUGUUUCUGUGCCAUCUUAGCAUCACCCAGGAAAAUAACAAGCUCUGUGAAGCUUUCCAUCGUUGCAACGUUUUUUUAGCUGUCUCCUGAUUAGGAGAAGUCUUCACGUUUGUUGGGAGGUUGUGAACUGAAACUGGGGUCAAUUAUGACAUGUUUACUCAUCGUUCACUCAUGUUUUCUCGUACUUUUCAGGUAAAAAGGAUAGAUAAAAGGUCGCUGCCGACAAUGCUCUGGCCAUGCGCAAUUUCCCCAAUAAGUUGCACGGGCAUACCGAUUAAACGAUAAAUUAAUUAUUGAGCUGGUUUCGCAAAAUAUAUUGUUUUUGCUCACCCUCGUUCAAUAUUAGGGAGCUUAGGCAACAACGACGGCGACGGCAACGAGAAUGGCAACAAAGCAAUCGGUUUAUAUUGGCAAAACAACAACUUUGCACGUGCAUCACGUUUUUUUGUACAUUUCUUAGCCGUCGUUGCACGACUACGACGUGAACCUUCCUAAUUUCACGUUUUGUGGAGGACGUGAUAACAAGACAACAACUUCCUUUUUCUUUUCCUGAACUUCGAUACAGUCUUUUAGAAUUCUACUCCAAAAAAAUAUGCCAAAAUUUGACAAACUGAACGAGAUGGAAUCAGCGCGAUAAAGUUUGAGGCAGGGCGAAUUCGCUUUUUAAGUGACGUUUUUGCUGCCUUCGCCUUCGUUGUUUCUUAAGCUCCCUAUUGCUUAUCGGUGCGCGGCUAAAAGUAGGUAUAAUAAUUUUUUUUUUCUUGGUUAUUUUCAGGAGUAUUAAGUUCGGUAACAACAGUUCUUCUCAGUACUUAAUCUCUAUUACUAAUCAGUAUCUCACGGUCUGGAAUCUUCUUUCCUGUUCAGGUAAGUUAUAGUCGUGACAUCCUUGUAGCAACAGGGCAGGGAAAACUGUCGUUAACUCGCGCUUAAAGCGUACGAUAGCCUUCAUAUGUGGGUGUUAUACGUUUUAAGUAAACGGUGCCAACUUUCCUCACUUGCAGCCAGUGGCUGAAUAAUGCGGAGAAACCAGAGAGGUGAGAUCGGACGUCAGCAUGUAAAGGCGCACUAUGUAGCCGCUCCAGUCCAUGUUUGGUCUCACCUCACCCACCCAGGUCAAUGACGGCGCAAAACGCGAAACCGUGGCCUUCAUCCUUUUUUUUUUCGAGCAAUGUCAAUGGUUCCUUAACGGCCCCUUCCAACUGUUAUGUAAGGAUGAAGGAGACAAGGCUAACACCUUAACGUCACCGCCAAUGACGCCAUCAUCUGAGCAGGGAAAAGGUUUUAAUCACCGCUAGUUAUCUAACCAGUUUUAAAGACCUUGAUUGGUGUUUGAAACCUGGCCGGGGUUUGAACUCGCUGCCUCCCGCUCAGCAGACUUCCCCGCAAACAUUUUGUUGCUCAAUUGUUAUAUCGUUUGGUUUAUCCUUUAUCCUCUAUGAUUCGUUUCUCUUUCAGUUUGGUGGAGUGUGGAAGCUCCAGUAACAAGCCUGGCAACUGAUCCACAGUCACACCUUAUGUGUACUUUUGUUGCCUUUAACAAGAACAAGUCACAUCGUGAGUUAGUUUUAUGGUGUAGAUUGUUAGCUGAUAAUGCAUGUUGCUUUAAUCAGCUUUAUUGGCAAUUGUAAAUAAAUGUUAUUAAAUAAAUAACGAUUUAGCACGUCCACAAGGUGGUGAAGCGAAGCGAUAGCGAUAGGCCUAACGAUAGCGUCCUUCAAAACAUUCCCGUGGUGCAAUCUGACACAACGCCGACCCAGUCUCUGAUCCAAUCUCAAAAGAGCUAAUGUGAGCAGCCAUACUUGGCGUAGUCUACCUCGCAGCCGGUUUUGUCUAGUAGUGAGCUUACGCAAGAGGACGGGAGAGGAAAGGAGUCCGCAAACCUUGUGUGACAAGCGUGACAAUAAUUUUGUUUGAAAAAAUUUUCCGCCGAACUGCACCCUUCUUUAAACAGAUCUUUUUGUAAAAGACCAGAAAACAUUAACUUAAGUGAAGAUCACGACAAAACACAUGAGUAAUAGCCCUGUCACUUUUGUCACACAUAAGCGUUUUGCCGUCCUCUUCUUUCUGCCGCUCUGUUUCGUAAACUCACUAGUAUCAUAUUGCACGCUAUCCUUCAUUUUAAAUUUAAACGUCUUAGCUGGUUUACCUAGUCAUCUGUAUGACCCUGAAGAAGAAAGGCCGUGCCUUUCGAAAUAAUGGCAACGAUUAAAUUAUAUUCCUAACUGUAAAAUCAGCCUUGCUUCUUUUCGGUAUUUUCUCAGUGUACAUUUUCGACCCAGCCUCCCCUCGUCCCGUGGCAGUGCAGGCGGCUGUAUCUAGGAAAACAGACAUCAUUGCUGCAGCGUUUUAUCCCACAAGUUUGGUACGCGGCAGCACGGAAGGACACAGUGCUAAAAUGUCCAAACUUUACUUUUUGACGGCGAAACAGGUGAAUUCUUUAUUCUGUGAGUUUUUGUUCGGAUCAUUAUACCUCGCAGAGAAACUGCCCACCUACCCCUCCCCUAAGCCAACCUUUACACUUACUUCUCAUUUGGGGCAAAAUGUUGGCUUAGGGGAGGGGUAGGUGGGAAGUUUCAAGAAAAGUAUAAUGAUCCGUUUUUUCUUAGGUUACAAUCACACGGCACCGGAUGAAUUUUCCACCAGCUGAAAAACUUGACCAGACACUUCGUUCACACGGGACCGUUUAAUAUUUUCGCUCUGUUCACACGGAACUUUGAACGGCUAGGCGUCUAAAUUUUCGUGCGAUUAGUGUGGUUCCGUUUGAUAGAAACACCUAAACGCGCGAGUUUUCAAUAGGUCGAAAAUUCGUUUGGUAUCUUAGAUGUACUUAAAAUGUGUGCUUUUGAGCGUGUACGAUUUAUCAGUUUCUGAUACACUCUUUCAUAUUUCUUGCGUUUGAGUGCUCUAUUUUGACAACUUUUUCUUUCAUUUGCCAUCCGAGGAGCCUUUUAGUCGCGUCAGUUAUCUCGCGGCAAGUCCCUUUUUUCCAGUGAACUAGCCAAUAGCGAAACCAGUCGCCUCUUGGCUUUUUGCAGCAAUUUCAGUGUUCUUCCAACGCCUGUUUCUGAAUGUAGGAUUUGUGUACUUUUACAAGUCAAAUGUUUUCAGUUACCUACCGCUGGAUUUUUUUCCCGCGCCUUUCGCCAUCUAAAAUCAGUUUUUCAGAGUGCUUUUUGCCUCCCAUAAUACACCGGCCUUGUUUGCCCUCUAAAAUGUGUCGUCAAUAUCUCUUUGGACGACUGUUAUACCCAGGAGAAGUUAAAAACAAAGGUUCUGUAACAUUUGGGGGGCAAACAAGUUGUGUCCUCUCCGAUUUUAUUUUGCGAGAAGGGAGCGGCUGUACACAGGCUAACAAGUUGGGAGACGCGCAAAUGGCGAAUUGUAUCUCUACUCGCCUAUGCGCCGUAAAUUUUGAUGACUCAACCUGGCUGGCAAUCUGGUUCCCAGGGCCUCUCCUCUUCUACAGCCGUUUAGAUCCCGCCUCAGGGUUUAUGUGUAAGCUUCAUAAGAGCAAUGGUUAAUGGCUGUUUCUUUGUGUCCAAUUAGCCAAGGAGUUUGUGAUACAAUAAUGUCACCACUGGUGUUUUUAAUUGAAUUUCAGGAGCUCUUCACUCUAGACUGCGAGGAAACUACGAGCGAGGAAAACAACGCAACAACAUCACAGGUAAAAACGAGAUGACAUCAUCCAUUGGUUAGCUGGUUACACCGAAACAAAUGUGGCUUCCCAUCUAUAUGAUACACCUUGACCUUACUUUCAACAUUUCACACCCGCCGGCGAAGAAAAGCAUUUUUUGUUUGUUUGUUUGUUUUUCAAAACGUUAUUUAUAUACCUCCAUGGCUUUCCUCAUAAGCACAGAAACAAAAGAACAAGGCCCUUUGCAGCUAGCCAUUUAUGUCGUACAAAACCAUCAUGCUGGAGAGCAAAAGUCGCACUGGGACAAGACAAACAGAGGAAAUUAAUUUUUGAAAUUAAUUAUGUGUUCCUUUUGUUUGUUCAACCUCGUCCCCAGGGCGCUGUUCCCUGGCAUUGGAGGUGGGUCCCCACCUCCAAAGCCAGGGAAAAGCGCCCUGGGGACGAGGUUGCUGUUUGACUUGUCCCAGUGCGACGUUUGCUCUCCAGCGUGGUAGUUUUGUACCACGUGAAUGGCUAGCUGCUAAGGGCCUAUUUGCCAAUAGCUGACCGGCGCGUCCCAAAUAACGAGCCCAGAAGCCACUGCGGGACAAAUUUCGGCUCCAGUUCCCUUCUCGUUUUUAUAAAGUAACGAAUGACCCCCCUUCUCUUGUAAGGUUUAAGUGGAUCAUUUUACGUUUAAAUUUGGUCUUCUUUAAUCUCAGUGGCCCUAUCGAAGCUCAAAGCAGUAAUUUGUACUUCUCUGAGUCAAACAGGUGCCUAGAGAGAAACAUUUUCCAUCAGGUCGCCAAGUUGGUUUGUUAUUCUACCAUCUUAGCAUCACCCAGGAAAAUAACAUACUUCACAAUCGUUAAUUCAAUUAAUAUCCUGUAGAUACAAUCCUGGACAAAACUACUAGCCCCAUCACCCCUUCCUACGAAAAAAACUAAAACAAUGACUUUGCAAAGAAUCCCUUCCAUUUUAAUUAAAACGCGCAGGGAUCCUUUCUUUUGAAUACACAACAACAUUGCUUCUAGGGGAAGGGGAGAGGAAGAAUAAAGAAUAUUUAGAAAAUACACCACCAUUCAGUUUUUCUCAACAGUUUUUUUGCAGUAGAUGCACCACCAUUCAGUUAUUUUGCAGUAGUUAGUGAACUCGAUAGGCGCAAGUUAUCUUUUUGACGAUAUUUCGUCUACAGAAACAAACAAAUCUCAGCAAGGUUUCGUUGGUACUAUUGUUAAGCAAAAACAAAUAUUAGAUUCUGACCCCUUUCUUGAAGUCAAAUAAAUACCCAACGAUUGCAUCAUGCUCCUCGGGAACCCCCCCGACCACCACUCCAGCGAUGCGAUGUAGUUGUUCUCUCUAAUUUUAUUUUAUUUUUCCGUUAUUUAUCGUAGACGUUGAAGGCAGGCCCGUCUGUACAACAAUCAGAAUUCGUAAAGAUAUUUGGACAACCUUCGAAGAGUAGUAAGCUAAACAGAAUAUGACCCUUUGUUAAAACUAACUAUUUCGGACUUUUUCCCAUAAAAUGGCUUUAACAGUCGCCUAGGUUCGACUUCCAGCGUUUUAGUAAAUUGAGUUUUAUCUGUCUCGUGAAGGUACGCAUGUCUGAAAGGGCUGAAAACGUCGCUGUAAAUAAACUAGGAAAAAAAAAACUGAACUGGCGCUAGUUUUCUGGUUAUCGAUAUGGCUUACGUGAUGGAUUAAAAAGGGAGAGCCCUUUGCGGUUUAUUUCUUGAAGUUGUCGAGUUCUUUGAAUCUGUGUAGUGUUUGUCCCCUGUUAAGUCUGUUGCAUAGUGCUGAUGUCGAUAACGAUAAUGGUAAUGAUGAUGAUGAUGAUGAUGAUGAUGAUGAUGAUGAUGAUGAUGAUGACAAAGAUGUUAAUGAUAGGGACGAUGAUGGUGAUAGUGAUAUGAUCAUGAUGACGAUCUUAAAAUGAUGAUUAGGUUUGCUUUACUAGCUUUGUAUAGUUAGCCAUAUCUAACUUUGGUUGUUUCAGAGGGUGAAGGCACGUCGGCGAAUCGCUCAGCAAAACCCGUCAGAGGGACUCCUUCAAGCGUUGUUGUGAAACAGGUGAGAUCUCCAAAUAGAUUUUGGUAUUCUUUAGAGUGUUCAGGACAGAACGCCAAUGUUUUGACCCCUUGAGGUAUCGCUUACAACUGCCCGUGAAAAAAUUAAGAAAGGAGGGGAAAGCAACGGUAACAACAACAACAAGAAAGCAGUUAUUAAUGCAACCUGCGGGAGCAUGCCUCCUGUUGUCUUCUUGAGUGAGGAGGAGAAAAGCAGGCUUUGCCUGAAUCGCGUCAAACCUUUGAAGUUGCCGCAGCCUGAACUUCUGGCAGCAUGCAAAGAAAGUAGUGUCCGAUAGCCCGGGGCUAGUGAAUUUUGUUACCGGGCUAGUGACUUCUAUUCUUAACUUGCCUUAUGGCAGAAGAACUGUAACCAAUGCUCAUCAUCACGGCAACAUGGAAUCUAUUUUUCAGAGGUAAAUACAGCUUUAGCUACGUUCAAACUGGUCUCCAGGAGGGGUUCAGCUCCAUCGUUCUGAUGAGCAUCCUCUCCCGUCCCACGUGAGAAGUCCCUCCGGUUAUAAGAACACGUGAUUAACAUGAGGCUCCUGAUCACGUGACCCACGAUGAUGGUUCGAAAACAACCUCGUCCCCAGGGCUUUUCCAUUAGAAAAUGGCAGGGGUGGGUAAAGCCCUGGGGGCGAGGUUGGGCUCGGAACUUGAAUACUGACCUCGUAAUGUUGACACUCUUUUCUCAGAUGAUGCAGACUCCUUCACAUGUCUUACCCUCUGUUACGUCACUGUGUUCUUCAUUUCUACAAUCAUUGCUGGUCAGUAAACACACCUCACAAAGGUAUGUACGGACAUGGUCAUUUACUGCCAGAUUCGUUGUGCCGCGCUGCGCGUUUUGAAGACUUCCAAGGAAUUUUGGGUUUUUCUGUUCCAUCAAUCAUCUUAGCGGAGCUCUUAGGUAACACAUGUUUACCUUAACGAGUUCAAAGGUCAUGGUUUGUGAUUUGUGAUUGGUGGAUUUCGAUCCGUUUGGUUUGUUUCUGUGUGAUCGUUUCUGGGUGAUCGUCUUGUCUCGGGGUAUAAUCAACUAGUUUGAUUCGAAGACUUUUCUUAUCUUUCUUAUUCUUGUCACUUGCAAGAAUAAAGCAAUGUCUGCCUCCUUCCCUCGACCAAAAUUCCACUCACCAUUGCGAUUUCCUUCGCCAUUGUCAGUUUUGUUUUUGCGGGCCAAGCUGGGCGAGCGCGUUCAAAAACUGUGAUUUGAAUUAAACCCGCCUCCACUCAAAUGAUUGAGGUAACAGAAAAGCCCAAACUCCCUUCGAAGUUUGCAAAACGCGCAGCGCGAUACAACGAAUUUGGCAGUGACAGUCUUCAGGAACUAAUUAGUCAAGGUAUCAGCGAGUGUUAAUUCUUGUGUGCGUGUUUAUUUACUUCAGGGAAGGUCAAAGUGAUGUUGAUAACGAUAUAAGUGAGGAUGAAGGUAAGAAAGCAUAAAAUUUUGUGAAUGGUUUUGUAAACAAAGUAACAACAGACAUAUUCCUUCGCCUAGGCGCAGAAGUUCGUGUUAAUAGGCCAUUAUCACGGUGACGAAAUUUGACUACAACUACCAGAAUUCAUUUCGUUUUUGCUUUCUUACUUAAAUAAGUCAAUCCCGCUGAGGUUUAAACAACAACAGCGCGGAUUUGCACAAGAAAACAACAAACUGAAGGAUUGUGGUAGUUGUCGUAAAACGACGUCAUCGUGCAAUUGUCCUCUAUUGGAGCUAUUGGAAAAUUUGAGCUCAUCGAUUGCCUGGCAUUGUAGGAAUCGAGUUACAAAGCGCACUUAAUGGUAUCUUUGAACUCGGUUAUCACAUAUGUUUUUCCAUCUUUAGAUAAAAGUCUCGUAAGGGUCGGUUUGGUUGUUUCUUUUCGUGUUAAGUUUUCACAAUGACAUGAAGUUGCGUUGUUUUUACAUUUCCAAUGUUUUCGUGAUUGGUUAAACAGUGUGUUGCCACUUUUAAUCCAGUCUAAACCAAAACUAGUCAUGACUUGCUUCCCGCUUCAUGUGUUUGUUUCGAAAUCUGAUUGGUCCAUUUUGCUGUUCGCGCAUGCUCGGAUUGGCGCGAGUAACUGACUUACUUCCCGUUACGGGUUUUCUUGCCCUUGACACUGGUUUCAUGUAUUUUUCUCGAAAUCUGAUUGGUCCAUUUUGCUGUUCGGGCAUGCUCUGAUUUGCGCGAGUAACUGACCUGCCUCCAGUCACGGCAGUGGCUUUAUGUGUUUUUCGCGAAAUCUGAUUGGUCCACUUUAGUGUCUGUGCAUACUCCGAAUUGCGCGAGUAAUGCGAACCGUUCGAUUUCUCUUUGUUUACAGACGAAGCUAUGGAGGUGGAUGAGUAUGACAGUGAUUUGGAAACACCCCGGAACACUGAAGGAGCUUCAGAAACACUAGACAAUGCUACCAACCAAAGACAUCAAAUUAGUACUACAGACAAUUCUAACUUGGACAAUGUAAAUUUCAGUUGGCUUGAAGACUAUUUUACGUGAUGGUAUUCAGUCAAGAUGGGGUUGGCUUGUACUUCGGCCAAGAAAAUAGGGUCCGGGUCCUGUGAGGAAGGUUUUUUAAGAGGAAUUUCUCUGGCUUCUCUCUGCUUCUGCAUUUCAUCUGGCUUUGUGAUCUUGCCUCUAUUCCAGGCAACACCCUAAAAAGGUCACUUCAACCAAUCAGAGCAACAAACAAGUUCUGACGAAGGCGGAAUGUUGUUUUGCCAGAGCAAAUGAUACAUAGAGAUGGUGCAGGCAUCAAAAUGAGUGAUUAACACUAAGACAUUAUCAAUAGUGCCGGACACUGUUAGGAAGUGUGAAUUCUACUCACUUAUGGAUGUUGUCACUGAAUACGCUUAAAGUGAAUUAAUAGUUGACUGCACGACCUCUGGCCGCGUGGAGCGCCCAAAUUGUGCGUUUACGCGCACGAUACGCACGAACCUCACGUGCACACAUGUUAGGCGAACGGUUAUCAGUUUCGUUUUGUGAUGCAGAUCUUUCGAGGACUCAGUGAGGAUAUCUCGAAAUAUAUCGUCUUUCGCCAGGGUAUCUUGAGAGAUACCGUUCGUCUUUACGUGGGAGGUUGUUGUCUGUAAAAUGGUUAAAAGUCUAUCUACUUACAGGCGUAUUUUGAACCGCGGAAUCGACAACUUGCUUGGUUGAGUUUGUUAAUAUUUCUCCUCCUUUUAGCGGGCUGCUAUAAGGGAUCUUUUUAUCUUUAGCAGCAUGGCUCACUCCCCUCUCUCCCCUCUCUCCCCACCGUCAUAAAAAAAGAAAAGAAAUAAAGAAG